AUGUAUUACUCAAGCAACAUGAAAUCUGAUUGCGUAACAGACAAUUUAAGUGAAGCAACUGGGGGGGUUUGCCCGAUAGAGCCUCCUGUCUGGCAACGACUCAGAAAUUCCACUCAGGAAAGGCCUGAAAGUCUUGCGAUUGCUAGCAUUUACCAACCCGCGAAUCUCUAUGGUAUUGCUUCAGGACAAUCUGGAAAUGGAUACUUAAGAUGGUCAUAUCUCGAUUUGGAACUUGCGACUGAAAGAUUUGCUCAUAAGCUUUCGCAACUUGGCGCGCAGAACGGUGCUCCCUUGGCAACGUUUUUGGACAACGGAGUCGAAUUCGUUGUGGCAUGCUGGGCUGCUCAUAGACUGGGCUGUCCUUUUGUGCCUCUCAACCCUCGGGCACUCAACAACUAUGAUGAAGCAACACACAUGCUUAACAUGGCAUGUGCUUCAGUCGUAAUUCUUCAAGAUACGAAACAAUGUCAUGUCAUCGAAGCCAUGCAGAAAGGAGGAAGCGUAUACCACGCCAAGGUAUUCGUGUCAGGCAUUCCGACCAAUGCGUCGUGGAUUUCCUUUUCAGCCAUGUUGGAGAAACCAACUGAGGAUUGUGCGUUGCCACUUUCAGAAUCCCUAGAUGCCUCCGAAGAGCUCGUUGCUGUCCUGUUCACCAGCGGCACCACUUCGAAGCCCAAAGGUGUACCACACACAAACUCAACCAUUAAUGCGUUCUGCCAGAAUCUCUCACUCGGAAAAUCCUCGCCAACGAGUGUUUUCUGUUCUGUCUUGCCAAACAAUCACGCUAUGGGGUACUUUUUCGCACUCCACUUCAUGAUGCACGGCGGGGCUAUUGUGUAUCCUAGUCCCAUCUUCGACGCAAUGGCAUUGGUUAAUGCUCUUGAAACCGAGAAAGUUACACACACAGCAGUUGUCCCCACCUGCCUUCACGCACUCAUUGAAGCUAUUGACGCUCGCGGAUCUAUACUAAGUUCCUCACUAGAGGAUGUUUGUCUAGCUGGAAGCUCCUUGACUCCAGAGAAUAUCAAGCAGAUCUUUACGAAACUUGGAAGCAGGGGCGCUUCUGCUGGUUUUGGUAUGACCGAGGGAAGCCCCAUAUGGUCCUGCUCAAAACACGACCCGGAGGAUCUAAUCCUUGACAACUCGGUCAUUGUUGGAUCCGCAUCUCGAGGAGCUCGUGUCCGAGUUUGUGCGCCAAAUUCUCGUGAACUUUUACCACGAGGCCAACCAGGGGAGAUCCAUCAAACCGGACCAGGUACAAUCAAGUCUUACCUCGGGCUGAACGUAGGUACUGACCAAUUUUAUGACGAUGAGGAAGGGUAUGUCUGGUUCGUUACUGGUGACCAGGGAAUUAUGCACCGCGAUGGACGUUUCACCAUCACCGGGAGAUAUAAAGACAUGAUAAUUCGAGGGGGGGAAAACAUUUCUCCCGCAGUUAUAGAAGCCGUUGUCAGCCGGUGUUGUAAACUUCAGGGUUAUGUCGUUGGAGCACCGGACCCCAUUGCAGGGGAAGUUCCAGUUCUCAUUUUGGAGGGGAAACACCUUGAAGCUGCCAGGCAUGUGCAAGAUGUGGUCCUUCGGGAGCUGGGCGCUGCUUAUGUCCCAGAGCGCACUAUCACACUCACUGAACUUGGCUUCGCAGACUUCCCACGGACGACUUCUAACAAAAUUCAGAAAUCACAGUUAAUUGCUCGAGUUCGUGCUUUACUGAGCGACGAAGUGAUGACAUCCAGCUCAACAGACGAGGUUGCAAUAAAGGAUAAGGUCUUAGCUGCCUAUUUCAAAUCCACCGGUGUGCCAAUUGAGAAGUUGGAUGUGAACAUUCCUACCGUUCAGUUCGCGGAUAGUAUUGCUUUCAUGAGAGUACGCGACUACCUACGCAAGAGCUUGAGCCAUACGUUGACAACAAAAGAGAUGAAUGAUCAUCCUACUAUCGCCGCUCAAAUCAAAUUGCUUCGAGACCGGUCAGCUUCAAAUACGAGAAGCAAUAAGCUCGCAGGAAAUUCCCUACGUCAGAGCAGCAUGGAGGACCUCAGCAUACUAUUUGGAGGGAUGAAAGAGGCUCGCGCCAUGAUGCUUCGAAUUUCUGAUGUGUUACAGGCCAAACAGCUUAGCUGGCCGCAAGUCUUAUCGGUCGUUCCAGCGCAUGAUUAUUUGCAAGUUCUUUUGAAUUCCCAGAUUAUUGAAACCUGGAACUUUGCCAUUGCUGUUGUAACCAAGGGGUUCAAAGACACGAAUCUCGUUACAGCACUGAAGAAAGCCCUUUCAAACCAUCCGAUCUUAACUUCCUUCAUCGCCGUUGAUCAUGCUGGAAGUGCUCAUUAUGUAACCUUGCUGCCAGACGAAAACCUGUGGGAUCAAUGUAUCUUUCGACAUGGGUCUGUCAAGAAUAGCAAAGACGUUCAGAAUAUCGCUGUUGAUUUCCCACGUCCUCAUCUUUCUAGGGUACCAGGACCACUGAUCUCUUGCCUUCUUUUUCACAUCGAAGAAUCGGACUCAGCCGCCGUUGUUUUCUACCUACACCACAUCGUUCAAGAUGCAACCUCGUUCAGGCUCUUCCUUGAUGACUUGGACCAAGCCCUCUCCGCCCCUAUGAAGGAUCUUGUCCCACAUACAGACUUCAAAGUCUGGGCUGAUUUAUACUCUGCUCUUCGUCUGUCCCCCGCAGCAACUGCCAGCGUCAAUUUCCAUGUAAAUCGCCUACGCGAUCUGCACAAUCACAAGAAGGCCAUUUAUCCGCCUGCUAAGGUAGCUCGACGAGCCAAUACCGAUAGUCCCGAUGGUCUGGAUUACGGUUUCGAUGCACCAGGGCUGACCGAGCUGAGACGUGAGCACCCAAGCAUUGCCGCAGCUGUUGUACUCAAAGCUGCAAUGGCGCUCAUCAAUGUCCACCGCACUGACCAUAGCCAUGCUGCUUUCUGCAACUUCGAAGCCGGCAGGAGACAGUUCCCAUUCUUGCCUACGGCUGUCCAGGCAAUGAACCCGGGUAGUUUCGAGGCGUCGGAUGUAAACGGCCCAGUGAUGCAAGGAGUUUGUAACCUGAUAGAGGUCCCCCGAAACGAGACUGCGAUUUCCUUGUUGAGCCGUUUGCAAACGGAGCAGGAAGGUCUUACCGAGCACGCACACGCACCACUACAACGCGUCAUCGAUAAUCUGAACGCCGAGGGGCAUGGAAGUGGUGAUGCUAUCGUAGAUAUCCACCGCACUCAAUUCACCACUCGACAAGAUUGCAAUUCGCUGCGCGGCAGGUUUGGUCGUAGUUGCUGGUUUGGGCGGAGCGGCGGCAACGACGUACAUGCUCUCCUUGCGAUGGGACGUGGCAAAUUACUCUCGUGA